AUGAUGUUAGAUGUUGUUAGAGAGACGGUAGAGGGAGUAGCGGGGAGUCGGACGGAGGAGGAGGAGGGAGAGGGAGGCUUGGCACUAGGUAUGGCGUUGUCGGUGGUUUUCCAAUGCCGUUACCGUAUUGGUUUAUGGGAGAGGGAUGGCUUCGUUGCCGCAGUAACGUUUAGUGCCAAGCGAUGCGAUGUUAGUAGGGUUCGCAGCGCACAAGGUGAGCUCUCAUGUUACCCUCCCUAUUGGAGGUGGGCGUUUUGCCUAAGAUAUGGCACCAAGCACAGCUCGAUGGUUUUGAUGGGAGUUUGUGGCGAGUGUAACAUAACACUAUAA